CUUGAAACAAAUGAUCAUCAUCCAAUAAAUAAAUUCAUUAGCUCAGAUUUUUUAUUUUUAUUUUUUCCAUUCAAUUUCAUCAUUUAACAUAGUCAUUUGAUUGUAAUGAUGGCUGUUCCAAGUAAAUUUGUUCUUUACAGUUAUUGGCGAAGUUCAUGUUCAUGGCGUGUACGUUCUGUUUUGGAAUUGAAAAAAAUUCCAUACGAAUAUCGUGCCAUUAAUUUGAUUAAAGGUGAACAAUAUGGUGAAGAAUUUCGUCAUAUAAAUCCAUUAAGUCAGGUACCAACUUUACAAUUUCAAACAUCAGAUGGACGUAAUGAAAUUCUUAAUGAAUCAAUGGCUAUUAUUGAUUAUUUGGAACAAACAUUUCCAACACCAUCAAUCUAUCCAAAAGAUCCGAUUGAACGUGCCAAAGUGAUUGCAAUUUCUGAAACAAUUGUAAGCGGUAUACAACCAAUACAGAAUCUUGGUGUUAUGCGAAAAAUUGAAGAAUUGACCGGAUCAAAAGAUAAAUCUGUUGAAUGGAGCCGUGAAUGGAUUCGUAAGAAAUUUCAAUUACUUGAAACAAUGUUAAAAUCAAUGAGUGGACAAUAUACAUUUGGUAAUCAAUUAACAUUGGCCGAUAUUUGUCUUGUACCACAGAUAGCAAAUGCUAUUAAAUUUCAGAUCGAUAUGAAUGAAUUUCCAUUAUUAAAACGUUUAAAUGAAUUUCUAUUGACUAUUGAUUCGAUUCAAAAAGCUCAUCCAUCAAAUCAACCCGAUAAACAAUGAAUGAUAAACAACAAUUAUCAUUCAAAACGUUAAUCAAAAAAAAAAAUCAAUCAAAACUUAUUAUAAUUUUCAAACACCAGAUGGAAGUCGUUUCUCUCAAUUGAUAUUUCCAAAAACAAAAACCG